AUGGAUAUGGAAAUGCGCAGUUUAGGCCCAGCCGACAGCCGUUCUGGCUCGGUUGUUGGCGGCGGCAAGACCCCUGUUACCUCCACUAAAGCUAGUGGAGACACAAGAGAUCGCGAUGCCUACGAACUUGCCAGGGCAGGCAAGAAGGAUGUUUUGAAGCGAAGAUUCAGUUUGACAAGUACGAUCGGGUUUACUUGUAGCUUGAUGCUAACGUGGGAAGCUAUUAUGAUGAACUUAUCAGUAGGCCUCGAAAACGGAGGUCCGGCUGGUUUAGUAUACGGAUUCAUAGGAGUCUGGAUUGGCUUCAUCAGCGUUGUCACUGUCCUGGGAGAGCUGGCAAGCAUGAUGCCUGCGGCUGGUGGGCAGUAUCAUUGGACGGCGAUUCUGGCUCCUCAGUCCGCUAAAAGAUUCCUGAGCUACAUCACCGGCUGUAUUUGUGUCGUCGCAUGGAUAGCUGCGCCCACGGCAGCCAUUUAUUUGGCUAGCAGCGUUCUUCAAACCACCAUCGCGACGAACAUUCCGAGCUACGAGCCAAAAGGAUGGCAGGUCACACUCAUCAUGUGGGCUGUGCUGGCCGUCAUUACGACUAUGAGCACGAUCCUGGGCAUGGUCUUGCCAGUUAUUGAAGUAUUCAUCUUAUUCAUCCAUGUGUUCGGGUUCUUUGCCGUCUUGAUCCCAGUCUUAUAUCUGGGCCCACGAUCAAGCACCAAGGCUGUCUGGUCGACAUCGUUUGAGCUUGGUGGGUGGAAUGAUAUCACAUUGGCGACAUUUAUUGGGAUGAAAGGAGCAGUCGCGUCUUUCCUCGGGACGGAUGGCGCUGUCCACAUGGCUGAAGAAGUGGCAAAUAGUAGCACUGUGGUUCCACACUCUAUGAUUGCGGCAAUCCUCAUCAACGGCGGCCUCGCUUUCGGUGUCAUGCUGACCUUCCUCUAUGCCGCUGGAGAUAUCAUGAGCAUAUUGAAGUCCAGCUCUCCCUACCCCUUCAUUCAAAUUAUUGAGAACGCAACGCAGAGCAAGAGCGCGGCAGUCGUGCUUUCUAGCAUGGUCUGUGUAUUGCAAGCUUGUGCCGGGCUUGCUGGUGUUGCAUCUGGCGCUCGUAUGCUUUGGUCAUUCUCUCGUGAACAGGCCGUACCUGGAUGGCAAUGGGUUAGCCAGGUCAGCAAGCGGUUUUCGAUCCCCAUUCACAGCACGCUUGUGGUUGUCAUCUGUUCGAGCCUCCUGAGUCUGAUCAACAUUGGAUCUGAGACGGUCCUCAACAUCGUCCUCUCACUGGUCCUGCAGGCAUUUUUCUCAUCUUACAUUAUUUCCCUCUCAUUACUUCUGUAUCGCAGAUUGAGAGGAGAAAUCAUGGAAAACGGCCCCGAUGUGCCGAAGGAGAUUGUCGCUUGGGGUCCAUUCCGAGUAAAAGGCUGGCUUGGAGUCGCAAACAAUAUUUUUGCGAUAGUGUUCUCGGUGAUCAUGAUGUUUUUCGGAAGCUGGCCAGCAACAAAGCACCCGGCGCCUGAGCAGGUCAAUUACAGUAUAGCUAUCUUUGUAGGGUGGACGCUACUUUUUGUACUAUACUACCUGUUCUGGGCGAAGAAACGCCCCAUUUGGACUGCCGUGCACCCUUGCAACGGCCACACGCCCGAAGACCGCGCCCGCGACUUUGCUCUGGACGCUGACAUCCGCUGGGCCGCCAGCCAAAAGAACCCAGCUUCCACGCUCAUCUAUGCCAUCGACAAAGAAACGGGCGAGGUAGCUGGCGGCUGCGAGUGGCUCAUCUUCCAUGAAAAUCCGUUUCCCAAUGGCCCCCAGCCCAUGAAAUGCACCUGGUACCCUGCCGGGAGCGAGCGAGCGGAGUAUGCGGAGCGAAUGCUCAACCAGGCCUUCUUCGCGCGCCAGGCAUGGUUUCAGCGCCCGCACGCCGGGGUGAAUGCGAUGGGGGUGCAUCCGAAGUAUCGCCGCCGUGGAGUCGGUCGCUUACUUAUGGAGUGGGGCCAUAAGAUCAUCGAUCCCUUGGGGUAUGAGAGCUUUACUGAGGGGAGUCCGAUAGGUCGCUGGUUGUAUGAGCAGUACGGGUACCGGCGGGUAAUGGGGCUGCAUGUGGAUUUUGAUAAGCCGAAUCCAAGUGAUGAGUGGCGUCGCUUGAUGCAUGAAUGUAAAGCACCUGGAAUUCUGCUCCUCUGGAGACCUCCGCGGGGAGAAUGGACUGAAAAAGUGCCAACUGGUCCGUGGGCUGUCACUCCUGAGACGUUUAAAUAG